AGGAUUUGGAGCUUGCUGGCCGGCCACCAAGUUGGUGCUCACAAACUUGUUCAAGUCAUAACCUGGUCACUUAGUGCCGCACUGUCGGAUGAUAACCUCAAGCGCGUGCGUCAGGAGCUCGACCCCUUAUUCGACAUGUUGGCCGAGUCCACCCGGGAAAUAAAGAUGGGUGGCGCUCCAUUCUACAUACCAGACGUCCCCUUCCAAGUGGUUGGGGAUAGGUCAAUACUCCCCGACUACCUUGCUGAGAUGGUUGACAAGACCGAAGCCGCCAUAUCACACAACACCAUGUUCAACCUGCAACUGACGAUAGACAUGAUACAAUUGGCCGCCAAGAUGGCAGUCAGGUUGAAGAUGAGAGAGAAGAACACAUCGCUGGAGCAGGCAAUGGAGAGGAUUACUGAUUCCGAAAUCUCCCACCAAAUGUACUUGACGCAGCUUGGGCUGCCGCACAUUGACGCCAUCAUGAGAACUAGCGGGGAGAACAGGCUCAGCGGAUUUGCAUUGUGGGAGUCACAUUACGUGGAGUUUGUUAUUGUGAAAGAAAGCUGUCACGCUCUGAGACAAGCAACGUUCCUGAGAAGUUUGUUGGAUUUGCCGAAGCGCAAUCGGCGGCUUGGAGCUUGA